AUGUUCAGAAUGCCAAUUGUAACUAUGGAACGAGUCGAUUCGUUCUCCGCAGCACAUCGUCUUCACUCUGAAAAGCUGAGCGACGCUGAAAAUAAGGAAACUUUUGGAAAAUGCAAUAAUUCAAAUGGUCAUGGACAUAAUUAUGUUUGGAAGGUAAAGCUCCGCGGAGAAGUUGAUCCGACGAGUGGAAUGGUGUAUGACCUGGCAAAGCUGAAAAAAGAAAUGAGUUUAGUGCUGGAUACGGUAGAUCACAGGAAUUUGGAUAAAGACGUGGAAUUUUUUAAGACAACUGUGAGCACAUCUGAAAACGUGGCAAUUUAUAUGUUCGAGAAGCUGAAAUCCGUAAUGUCGAAUCCAUCGGUUUUGUAUAAAGUGACAAUUGAGGAGACACCCAAGAAUAUUUUCACUUAUAAAGGAUGUUAAUUUCUGAAAUAAAUAGUUUUUGAAUAAAACCAUAAAACCAA